UGCAACUCAUUAUUAGGAAGGUGUUCCUAAUGAUUUGUAGCCGCGGGCGUGGUUAUUAUCACCUUGAAAGAACGCGCGGACAGGACCAACCUCUAAUGACAUCACUCACUUCUCUCCUCCCGCUGAUCGACUUGAGGUUUCAGCAGGUUUCUGGUUACCGGCUGCAGACAGGCAAUAUCUCACACCAUUCAUUCUCAGGCACCGACACCAGAGAGAAAUUACCCGGGCAGAGUGAGCCUUUAGCGACAUGAUGGCAGAGGAGAGCCGGGGGAAACGACGGAAACAAGCGAACCCGAGAAGGAAUCAAGUGGACAUCGAAUGGGUCAGUUCUCUGGGCUCGGAGGGGGAGGAUGGUGAUGAGGUGGGUCUGUGGAGCCCGGAACCCCAGGACUACCAGGGCAGCCUGGACAAGACCAGUCUGACCCCCAGCGAGGGUGAGGGAGACGGGGAAGGGACCGAUCCAGGAGGUACCCCCAGCCCCAGGGGCCAGUCAACCCAGCCCCAAAGCCCCAUCCCCAGGGAGGGCCACUGGGCAGUGAGGGAAGAGGAGGUACCUAAGAGUGGGAUAACUAUGGACAGGAAGCAGGAAUCUCUCAUGACCUACACAGGUCAGAGGUCAGACAGCAGGGCCAUGGAGGACUUGGCCCACUAUGACUUCCUGGUUCAGUUGAGAAAAGCAUCCUCCCACCAACCUGCCUCACACCACUACCAGCACCACAACUACCUGCCCCCCAAUGGCAGAAGCCCUGCCCCAGCCAUGUACCACACUGGCAGUCUGCGCCUCCAUGAUGACCUCCCUCCCAUCUGGUCUGUUGGGGCUCGGCGCUCAUCUGAGAGACCAGACGGCGUCCCUUUAAAUCUACAGGCUUGCCCGUUCUGCCAGCAUACCUUCCACCGCGGAGGGUCCCUACGCGAGCACAUCAGGUUUUGCCACGAGCGGGACGGGGGACACUAUAGCGCUCAGAUGGAACGACACAUGGGACUGCACAGUCAGCACAUUGACCAUGGUGCGGAGAGCAGGAAGUUCAAGUGUUUUCAGUGCGGGAAAUCCUUCAAGUACAAACACCACCUCAAAGAGCACCUCCGCAUCCACAGUGGUGAGAAACCGUAUGAAUGUUCCAACUGCAAGAAGCGCUUCUCUCACUCUGGCUCCUACAGCUCACACCUCAGCAGUAAGAAGUGCUUGACAGGAGGAGGAGGAGGAGGAGGAGGAGGAGGACGACGACAUAGAGGUGGAGGGGAGAGCUAUAACAACAGACAUAGCCAGGCGACCUACCAGUCCUCUCCUGCAUCACCCUCAGCAGGAAGCAGUAGGAACAGCAGUGGAAAGGGCUCUCCCUACCUUCCUCACACCCAGAAGCGUCAGUCACCAAUGGGCUUAGGGAGGGAGCUGGACCCCCCUGGCGACCAGAGCAGGGGGGACCUCCAGGGCCGGGAUCUAGGCAGGCUGUGGGACCCCCCAGCGGAGUUCUCCCUCCGGGACAACGUGUUCAAGGGCACCAACCUGCUGCCGUACCUCCAUACCAGCGCCGGGGGCAAGUUUGAGCAGAUGCUGCAGGAGAUGUUUGACAGGGAGGAGGGAGAUGUAGGCUCACCCAGGGAGGAGGGGAGACUGGGUAUUCACAACGGAGGGCGAGACAGGAAGGCGGAUGAUCCAAAACCGCUGAAACGCAACCGAACCGGCUCGGGUGAAGGGUACAGGGGUGGAGGUGGGGUGACAUGCCACUGGUGCUCCCAGCUCUUCCCCAGCCCUGCCGUGUUACUGCAGCAUGAGCGCUACCUCUGUAAGGUGAACCGGCAGGCCAUGGAGGUGCCUGAAGGUCCUCGCAGCAAAGACCACCUCUCUCCCCUCUACUUCUCCUCCAGAACCCCUCUCCAGCCACCCCCACCAGACAACAACAAUAAAACCUCAGCGAUGACUAACGGUUUCUCCAAAGAUGAGUCUCCUCUCCAGAGACCCUGCUGGCACUCUGUCCCUCAGGAGCUGCUAGUCGCCAUGCACUCCCCCCUACAGCCCCGCCCAGACUCACUAUCCAUGAGAUCCUAUUGGUCUAGCCAGGAGAGUGGCAGGAGUGGCGGCAGCCCCGGCCAACCAGCACCAACUAGCCCUGCUACAGACAUGUCCUCACUGCUACCAAUAGGACCAUUACCCUCUUCAGAGAUCGACUCGCCCCUCUGCCUGGACCUUUCCUCCACCACUCUCACCCCUCAUUGGAGUCGAACCAUCCCCCAAGGAAGGACCGCCGGGUCCGGUAGCUCCCAGAAUGACCAACCCCUGGAUCUCUCCCUCCCCAAGCCCCAGGAGGGGAAAGUCCUGGAGGACAGCAUGCCCAGUAAUGGACACCCUCGUCUGGGAGAAAAGAGAGAGAAGACCUACAGAGAACCAGCAGAGAACCAGCAGCUCCAUCGGAGGCUGAGUCUCUGUCCACCUUGGCAACAGCAUCAAGGCGUCUACAGUGGCGUCCCGAUGUUUGAGGGCUCCGUCUACAGUGCAUACCCUCUGUUUAACCCCAUGAUGCCUGCUGGGCUAGCUGGCUCAGGACAUGAUGUGGUCCCCUCACUGCCCCUCAGUCCCCGAUUUCUCUCCCCUAUGGUCUACAUGAUGGAGUCGGACACAGAUGCCGUGCUGAAGAGGAUCCGUCAGGAGAGACAAGCCAUCAUGGGUGAGGUGAUGGAUUGCGGGGGUCUGGACUACCCCUCUCUGAUGGAGGAGGGAGGAGAGGGAGAAGGGGGACCAGGGAGGAAGAGACUGAAGAAGACAGACGACGGCCUGUACGCCUGCGACAUCUGUGACAAGACCUUCCAGAAAAGCAGCUCUCUGCUCCGACACAAGUAUGAGCACACAGGUAAACGUCCCCACGAGUGUCAGAUCUGCAGGAAGGCCUUCAAGCAUAAGCACCAUCUGAUGGAGCACAGUCGCCUGCACUCUGGAGAGAAGCCCUAUGAGUGUGAUAAGUGUGGCAAGAGGUUCUCCCACUCUGGCUCAUACUCCCAACACAUGAACCAUCGAUACACCUACUGUAGCAGGAACCAGGAACAGGAAGGGAUCGAGGAGCCUCCUCUUACCCCAGGAGGGUCCACCGAUCUGGGUCAUGUUUCCGGGGGCACCCCCUUCUCCAUGGAGUACACCCCAAUGUUUCUCAGUGAUGCCAGUCUGGACGGGGGGAUAGGAGGGAGAGCACAUGAAGAGGAGGACGAGACAGACAAAACUAAAGGUGGCCAUAUGAAGGAGGCUUGUACUUUAUCAGGGUCAGGGUCUGGUGAAGGGUUAGGGUUGGAGCUGUGCUCUAGCCCUGUGGGGAAUGAGAGAGACAGACCGCAUGUCGACAGAGACAAUGGAGAAGGAGAGAAUUCUGGUCUACAGACUUACAGACUUGAAAACAACAAUCACUGGGACAGAGAUGCGUUGGAACAAAAUGUAGACCAGAACACAGACGCAUACGAGUUGAGCCCAGAAGCUCCACUGUCACAAUGACAACAGCGGACAAGUAUGCCAAAACCAAUGCAUCUAGCUACAAACAUUUUAACAUUUUAGUCAUUUACUAGACACUCUUAUCCAGAGCAACUUACAGUUAGUGUAUUAAUCUUCAGAUCAUAUCGAGUACAUUUUCUCCUAAAUAAAGUAGCUAUCAGCAAAGUCACUGCUAAUGGUGAAAAGAGAAGUGCCUUUUUUUUG